AUGCCGUCUGCCGAUCGAUCUGCAGAGCACGUCCUAAGCCAGACAAUGGACCCAGUUUCAAAAAAGCUGAGCUUGUUCGAACGCGUCCGAGGCGUGUGUCAAUCAGUGAGCAUUCCAAUUCCUGGAGUUGUGGUGGUGGGAGAGCAGUCGGCGGGCAAGUCAUCUUUGUUGGAAAGCAUCUCCGGCAUUCAAUUCCCCAGAGCGCAGAACACCUGCACAAGGAUGCCCUGCGUUGUCUCACUGCUGACCGAUCGCUCCGUGAAACAGCCCUAUGCAAUUGUCUCGAUGGACCCCGCUUUCAGCGAGGCAGAGAAAUGCACCCUACAGCAAGCCAUUUACGUGCGUGUGACUCGGGCAGAAGGACCUCAGAUGAGUCUCAUUGAUCUUCCUGGUAUCACGCACAACUCCACUAAGAUGGCCAACAUCCACCAGGUCACCAGAGAAUUGGUUGAACAGUAUAUCGCGCCAACAGAAAUGGUGAUCCUAUGCGUGAUACCCGCCGCGAACGACUUUGGCAACGCAGAGGUUCUGAAGUUAGCGAGUAAGUUUGAUCCGUCUGGCGAGCGCACCUUGGGUGUCGUUACCAAGUGCGACGAUGAUGCUAAGAGAGAAGCAUCCGACCUUGUGGACAAGGUGAUGAUGAAAAGAGAUUUGGAUGUGAAGCUGGAUCUCGGCUUUCAUUGCGUGGUGAGUGGCUCGCCGAAGGACAUAAAGGAGGCCACGAGCCGUGAAGAUCUGCGGCGAUUAAUGGAAAAGAUCGCCAAGCUUCAGGAGGCUCGUGUCGAUGCGCAUCUUCCAAACAUCCUAGACAAAGUGCGAAAGAAGAUGAUGGAAUUGGAGGAGAGCUUGAGGCGCUUGCCUCCCGCUCCACACGAGCCGAGCCAGUCCCGUCAGUUCCACCAAAUCUUGUCCAAAAUUAGAAAGGAUUUGGAGAGUCGAAAGAAAGGAGAAAGCUUUGACAAAGCUCUCCCAAUCACUUCAGUUGUUGAUUCGAAGAUCAAGACCUUCAAGAAGAAGUUGCACUCGCAAAAUCCAAAAUGGCUAGAAGCAGACAAGAUUGUGGAAGUGUCGCACUUGCAGGAUUCCAAACGAGGCUACACCGUGGACAACAUGACUGGCCCUAAUUCUCACAUUUUCAUCGGCAUCAUCAAGAAAACCUUCAUCGAAGAUGGGCUGUUGAAAGAACAUACCCACGCGAUGAUCGAAAACAUAGGGGGUCACCUUCGAAACGUCGUGAGGCAUGUCAUUCAACAGCAUGCGAGCAUCAAUGGCAUGCUUCCUCAUGUCAUGGAUGCAACGGCCCAGGACUGCAUUGACAAAGCAGCAGAAGAAGUGCUAGCCACUUGUGACAGGUUGGUGGAGGCUCAGGAGGUAACCUCAACCGAAAAUGACAAUUACAUGACAACGAUGACGACAUUCCAGGAUGGUCUCAACCCGUUGUUGCAAGAGGCCCAGGCUGAAGAACUGGAGAAGAAAUGCGAAAGCCUUGUGGGAGCUCUUCCAGGAGUAAAAAAAGCAGAUCCAAAGUUUGUCCAGCUAAUCAAGCAAGCUCGCAAAGAUCCGCGGAACGUGGCAGUGAUCCAAAUCUGUGCCUCGUUGGAUGCUUACACCUUUCUAAUGCUUGAAUCCUUCGUCGAGAUGUCGGCGAAACUCGUGAAGUCCAGCAUGGUGGAGAAGCUGGCCGACAAGCUGGAGGAGAUUUGGAUCGAGGAGUUGGGUGGAGAUAGGCUGAAAGAGCUGUUUGCCGAGGAUGAAAAUGCUACAGCUGAUGUUAAGCCAAGCAGAGUGGCGACGGAAAAAGCCUCGGCACCUGCAGCAGGGAUCACGAAAUGGAAUUUUGCGAAGAGCAAGGAGGGAGCUACAUUGAAGAAGGGCGAGUGCAUCAGGAGCCCGAAGUUCAACCUGGCAGGUAUGGAAGAUCUGGAGUUGGUCCUCUAUCCAAUGGGGGAUGAAGAGGCUUCAGAGGGCCAGAUGUCCCUCUACCUUGAAAGCCCCCCAGCGUGGCAAAUCAAGUACAAAGCAACGCUCGGAAAAGCGGAGCGAGUGAGCGACGAGAUGCAGACUUCAAGAUCGGGAUGGCCAAACUUUGCCAGCAAAGAUGAGAACGCGACGGAGAUUGUUGUUGAGCUGAUGGAGGCAAUUCACUCAAAGCCAACAGCCUCGACCUAG